CCAGGGCGGGAAAGUUACAGAAGUACUGGGGAGGGAAGUAAACAUCAUGGCGAACAUGGAUGUGGAGAUGAAGAACCCGACAGAACCAGAACCAGAACCAGAGCCCGCUCCCAUGAAAGAGGAGCCGGCGAAGAGCUCCAGCAGCGGCGGCUCCUACGACCUGCCCUGGGUGGAGAAAUACCGGCCGCUGAAGCUCAACCAGAUAGUCGGUAACGAGGAGACAGUCAGCCGGCUGGAGGUGUUCGCCAGGGAGGGAAACGUCCCCAACAUCAUCAUCGCAGGGCCUCCGGGGACCGGGAAGACCACCAGCAUCCUCUGCCUGGCCAGAGCCCUGCUCGGCGCGUCCAUGAAGGACGCGGUGCUGGAGCUCAACGCUUCCAAUGAGAGGGGUAUCGACGUGGUACGGAACAAGAUCAAGAUGUUCGCCCAGCAGAAGGUCACACUUCCCAAAGGACGACACAAGGUCAUCAUCCUGGACGAGGCUGACAGCAUGACGGACGGGGCACAGCAGGCUCUGAGAAGGAUCAUGGAGAUCUACUCCAAGACGACGCGCUUCGCCCUGGCCUGCAACGCCUCCGACAAGAUCAUCGAGCCCAUCCAGUCGCGCUGCGCCGUGCUGCGCUACAGCAAGCUGACAGACGGCCAGGUGCUGGCCCGCCUGCAGCAGGUGGUGGAGCUGGAGGAGCUCUCCGUCUGCCCCGACGGGCUGGAGGCCGUCAUCUUCACCGCCCAGGGAGACAUGAGACAGGCACUCAACAACCUGCAGUCGACCCACUCGGGCUUCGGCUACAUCGACAGCACCAACGUGUUCAAGGUGUGUGACGAGCCCCACCCCCUGCUGGUGAAGGGCAUGCUGGGUCGCUGCGUGGAGGGGGACGUGGACGGGGCCUACAAGGUGGUGGAGGAGCUGUGGGCGCUGGGCUACUCCCCCGAGGACAUCAUGGGCAACAUCUUCAGGGUCUGCAAGACCUACCAGAUGGCCGAGUACCUGAAGCUGGAGUUCAUCAAGGAGAUCGGCUACACCCACAUGAGGAUUGUGGAGGGGGUCAACUCACUGCUGCAGAUGGCCGGACUCCUGGCUCGCCUGUGCAGCAAGACCAGUCCUCCAGCCUCCUAGCCCUGGACCCCUAACCAGACCUCCUUCAGCCUGUUAGUGCUGGACCCCUAACCAGUCCUCCAGCCUCCUAGCCCUGGACCCCUAACCAGACCUCCUUCAGCCUGUUAGUCCUUGACCGGGCCAAACCUCCUCCUGGACUAUUCUUCCUGUUGACAAGAAAACCUUUCUCUCCAAUCAGAACCGGUGUUGGAAGAGGGCCGGAGUCGACUUAAGCCGGUCAGAGCUGGUUAGAACCGGUCUGAGCAGGCUGAUGGUCAAUGUUUCCAUGUUCCAUUUGAUACGUUGUUUUAUAAACAAUAAAUCACAACUUUGUUACAUGUUUUAUUUAGUACAAAUGUUUAAGUUUCAGUACAAACAACAUCUUUCCAUACAAAUCGUAAUAAAUACAAUGUAAUAAAUAGUACAUCAAGAUGGGCACAGAAAUAAUAACCGUAUCAAACUGAACCAGGCUUUCCUGGUUAAUGACCUUAUAUAUCAAACUGAACUGGGCUUGGACAUCAUCUAACUAGACAUGGAAACGGUACUGGGUGUUGAAGGAUUCCAGUAGAGAACAGAAUCA